AUGGGAGGUGGGGAAGGAUCAGCUGCAAGAGAGGCUCUUAAACAUUACAGCAUUGAGAAAGUUGUAAUGUCUGAUAUUGAUCAAGAAGUUGUGAAUAUUUGCUGUAAACACCUUACGGCAAAUCAAGAAGCCUUUGCUGAUCGGAGGCUUCAUGUCAUCAUCAAUGACGCCAAGGUGGAGUUGGAAAAGACCGAGUCGAAGUAUGAUGUGAUAGUGGGAGAUUUAUCUGAUCCUCGUGAAGGAGGGCCUUGCAAUUAUCUCUAUUUUAAAUCUUUCUAUGAAAGUGUCAUUAAGUCCAAACUCAAUGAUAAUGGCAUCUUUGUCACUCAGGCUGGUUUUGCUGGAAUUCUCUCACAUAAGGAAUUGUUCUCAUCAGUUUACAACACUGCUAAACAAGUUUUCAAGUAUGUUAUAGCUUACACAGCUCACGUACCAUCUUUUGCUGAUACACGUGGAUGGGUUUUGGCUUCGGAUCAACCAUUUAAACUAGAUGCUGAGGUUCUUGAGAACAGAAUUAAAGAGAGGAUUAAUGGAGAACUUCAGUAUCUUGAUGCUGCUUUCAUGCUCUUUCGUACUGUUAUGAACAAGGCUGUUGCUACAUCGCUUCUGAAUGAGACAAAUAUUUUAACAGAAGAGAAUGAGAAGUUCCUCUUUGGACAUGGACUGCUUGCAGCUGAUAGUGUCUGA